UUCGAGUUCAUGAAGAGGAAGAAAUGGGCGGAUUUGCUCGUUUCGGAGUUGAGCGAGGCGAUCAUACUUGUGCUUUCGACGAGUUGUAAGAUUUUGUUUUGUGGGCAUGCGGUUCAGGAGUUGUUGGGUUCGAGGGAUGAGGACCUGGUCGAUUGGGAUUUGGUGGAUCUUAUGAAUGCGAACGACAAGGAUAGCUUCAGAGAGAUGUUCUCGGAGUCGAUAUCGCAGAAGAAGGAUCUCCUGACGUAUGCGAGACUGAGGUGCACGUCGGAGUACUACGGUGGUUCAGACUAUACGGUGCCACAGAAAGAGGUUCUGUUCGAGAUCAUGGGAUAUCCUCACUUCUUACCCGGAGAGGAAGAAUGCAAGUGUUUCUUUGCCGUUGCGAAGCCUUAUCCCAGUCGUAAUACUGCCAUGAUGAACACCUUUCUUGAGCUGAAAGUCGAGAACGCACGGCUCCAAGAACGUCUACAGGCCCUCCGCGUUCGCUCCCAAGAAUUGUCCAAAAAUCAGUUCAAUCGUGGUUCGCUCACCUUCAGCAACGGAGCCAUGUCCUCCCAGCUCGCGGCCAAUCUUGGCUUCGACUCCGCCCCGGAGUACGCACAGUCGUCUUAUUACCAUUCGGUACCGGCGCAUGGGUACGGGGCAAGUGCGGUGGGGUAUUUGCCGCAGGUGGAGGAUGAUGCGGACGAGAGGAGGGCGGCGAAGAGGCCGAAAAAAGUGUAUAUGACGGACCAGUAUGUCUGUGUUACUUGUGGACGUACGGAUUCACCUGAGUGGCGAAAGGGUCCACAAGGACCAAAGACGCUAUGUAACGCCUGCGGGCUGCGAUGGGCUAAGAAAGUCCGCAAGUUCGAGGAG